AUGAAUCAGGUUUACUGGCUCAUAUUGGUGGUACUAAUCCACGCAAAAAUCUUGUGUCAUGCACAGGGUAUAACAGUGACAAAAUACAACACUGUUCGAAUAAUAAGAACGAAAACCGUCUCAACGACAACACAUUUCACAACUUCAAGAACAAUUGUUUACAGAACAGCCUCCGGCACCUUCACGGAACAAGUGUCCACAAAACCAACGGCCACGGACCCGGAUUUCAAAACGGAAAUCCUGGACGUGCACAACUCAUUACGCAAGAAACAUCAGGUUUCAUCGCUAGUUUGGGCUCCAGAACUUGCAUCUAGAGCACAAAAUUUCGCCAAUUCUUACGUAUGCAACGGGCAAUUAGAACACUCAAAGCUGCCUUACGGAGAGAACCUUGCUCUAGGAUAUAAUACUACCUCAGCUGUUCUAGCAUGGUAUAACGAGGUAAAACUGUACGAUUUUAACAACCCACAGUUCGCAGCAAAUACAGGACAUUUCACCCAGCUGGUAUGGAAAAAUACCUCGAAACUUGGCUGUGCAUUUAUACGAUGUGGCCAGUAUUACGGUCAAUAUACAGUAUGCGAAUACGACCCACCGGGGAAUGUAAUCGGAAAGUUCAGUGAAAAUGUCUUACCCGAGAAGUAA